CGACUCUGCAUUCUCCAAAGAAAACACAACAGAACAUUUAACUGGAACCUGGAAGCAGACUAUGAGUUACUAAGCAGAUAAGUGGGAAGUGAGUGGAACAAUGACUUCAGAGCUUCCACCACUCUUGGUUUUGGGCCCUCCAGCGUUGUAUAGCCUCUUCCAAUCUCAAAACUCUAACAAAUACCGUUUCCUUGAUGCCUUCUCCUCUAAUCUCCCACUCCUCCAAUUCCUUCAAACCCAACAAAUCCACCCUUCCUCCGUUCGCGCCAUCCUCUGCAACCCUCUACAGCCGGUCACUGCUGACGUCAUCCGCUCACUCCCCUCCCUCGGCAUUGUUGUUACGGUCAGCGUCGGAUCUGACCACAUUGACAUCCUCAAGUGCCUUCGCCGCUGCAUCCACGUUGUCACUCUCGGGACACAGUUCACCGCCGACGUUGCUGACAUAGCCGUCGCGUUGCUCAUCGACGUCCACUUCAAGAUCUCUGCCGGCGACCGCUUCGCUAGAAACUGGGGUCCAUGUAAGCCCUUGGCUUCUCCUUCUGGAUCAAAGCUAGGAGGCAAGAGAGUUGGGAUUAUUGGAUUGGGAAGAAUUGGUGGGGAAGUUGCCAAAAGGCUAGAGGCCUUUGAUUGCAUAAUCAUGUACCAUUCAAGGAACAAGAAUCCAUCAGUCUCGUACACUUUCUACUCCAAUGUGGUUGAUCUUGCCUCUAACAGUGAUGUUCUUAUACUUUGUUGUCCAUUAACUGAGCAGACAAAGUACAUAGUCAACAAGGAAGUAAUGUUAGCAUUGGGGAAGGAUGGCAUUAUUGUGAAUGUUGGAAGAGGAGCUCUAAUUGAUGAAAAGGUAUUGGUACAAUGUUUGAUGAAAGGGGAAAUAAGAGGUGCUGGUUUGGAUGUGUUUGAGAAUGAGCCUAAUGUUCCCGAGGAACUUUUUGCAUUGGACAAUGUUGUCCUUUCACCACAUGCUGCUGCUUACACAUUAGAUUGUUUCAUGGAUGCAUGUGAACAUGUAGCAAAGAGUUUAGAUGCCUUCUUCUCAAGUAAAUCCCUUAUUAUUUCUCCAAUAACAUGAAGAAUUCAGGACCACGUUUGCUUUUGUGGUUUUGUAAUUGAAAUAAGGCCUUUCUUGGUUCAAUGAUGUCAACUGGUCAACCCUAUUUGACCAUGGUGAUUGAUCAUUUCCACUUAUGUACCCACCUUAGAAUAGAAAGGAUAUAAUUCGCUCUUGCUUAUGUAGUUUCAUAAUUGGAUACUUGCUUAAUAAUGCCAUAUAGUCGG